AGUGCGGCUCUGCUUGGAUUCUGUCUUUUCUAGGGUCUCGGGAUGCUGUUGGAACGGAUUGAAGAUCUAGAGAGUAUGGAAUUAUAUGUACUCUACUUUCUUGUUAAUGUCAUGCAGUUAGGUCUCGCUCCCGUCGGUUUCUGUUGCCGAGAACGAUUUUAGGUGGGUCUCAUCAGCCCCUCUUUGCCCCACCAUCGAUCAUCCCACUGCUGCUUGUAUCACUACAUAUCGCCACGCGACAUCUACAACGACCGACAGAUCUCAAUCCGCUUCAAUGUCUCGAAUCCCCGAACCCUCCGACUUUCCGGGUGAUAUGGUCAUCACGAUUAUUGCGCCUCGAAAGGACGGCCCAGUCGAAAACAUCCUGAUCCUCCUUCACGGACUCGGCGACUCUCACUCGCCGUUCGCAGCCCUGGGCAAGAACUUCAACUUCCCCGAAACCACGUGUCUAGCUGUCAGAGCUCCCACGAUGCUGCCGUUCAAUCCGAAUGGCUUUCACUGGGGCGACGAUCUGAUCUUCGACUCUUCUACUGGUGGACUGGAUAUGGAGGCUGAUUUCACCUCCGCUCACAAGCUCAUGAAGACGAUUAUUGAUGAUACUUUGGUGGGCAAGUGUGGCUGGAAGAGGCGGGCGAUCUUCCUCUUGGGAUUGGGGCAAGGCGGAAUGCUGGCUCUGGACCUUGCGUCGAGGCUUCCGCCGAGCGAGGAGUUUGGCGGCGUUGUUUCCCUUGGUGGACCACUGCCGAACACGGCCCCUUCACCUCAUCCGAAGGCGAAGACACCAGUGAUGGUCAUGGGGGCAGAGAAGAACUCGGAGGUCACUGAGGGCGUUGAAGCUCGUGUGAAUGAGGUCUUCGAGUUUGUCGAGAUUGUCAAGUGGCGUGGCAGGACUGGGGAUGGCGUGAUGAAGAACCAGGAGGAAGCUAUGCCGAUGAUGCGGUUCAUGGCGAGAAGGCUUAGAAGUCGUGCUGGCAUCCCGGCAGGAGCUGUUGAGCUGUCUUGAUUGGAUAUUGUUCUGGUAAUUGUUUUUAAUGAACCAAUGAGAACAAUCCAACGGCAGUUCUGCUUUCUGUGCAUUGCCUUUAAUGGGCUCCUGAACGAGACACAUCAAGAGUUUAUGUUUACUUCGCCCUUCGAUCCCAAAACCUCAAGCAUCUCCUUCAAGCUUCCGUCGACAUUCUCGCACGUUAUCGAGGAGAGGCAUCGAGUGAUAGCGCGAUGAAGCGGCGGAGGAUGUGGUCAGUCUUGUUUAAAUCGCUAAAUUUAUAUGGCUACAUUACGAUUA